CUUCCGAUCAUUGCACAAAAGGCAAGAUGGCAUACCGUAUAGUAUCAUAUCAUCGGAGGUUUUUCUCUCCACAUCAGCUUGCUGGAGUUUCUCGAUUCUUUUCCUCCACAGUAAAACUAAAUUAUGAUGUAAAAGAUAAUGAAGAUUUUGGUGAAAAGGUCCUAAAGUCUGACAAACCCGUUGUCGUUGACUUUCAUGCAACAUGGUGUGGCCCAUGCAAGCAACUCGCUCCAAAGUUAGAUUCUCUGAUUGACUCUAAAAAUGGUGCAGUAAUGCUGGCUAAAGUUGAUAUUGAUGAAAAUACUGAUUUGGCAAUGGAAUACGCGAUAACAGCUGUGCCUACUAUUCUUGGGAUGCGGGAUGGAAAGAUAGUUGGUCGAGUAGUUGGAUUGGCUAGUGAUGACCAGUUAAAUAACCUAUUAACUAAAUUAACUGAUGGACAUGAAUAAAUAGGCAUCAUAAUUCUAGCAUGUUUUCAGUCAAUUGACAAGGUUUAAGUGAACAGUGGUUGUUCAAUGACUUCAUAUUGCAAUCAAUUUUAAAAAUGGGGAUGUAUUUUAUUGUCAAUGAUUUUGGUUUAAAGAAACAAAUAUACCAACUCCUUUCCAAUAAA